CAGUGGUUUAUUAUUCUCUAUAUAUCUUUGAUACGAUACGCACUCCAAGAGCGCGCAACUCCAAUCGACCGUUCCGUGAGUGAAUAGAUGCACGCACUCUGCUACUAAAGUCAAAACAAGUCGAAGCAUAUUUUCAGGCGUCAACUCAAGAAUGUCGGAACUGUCGGGUGAAUUCGAAUUUCUCACACAGUCUGUUGUGGCAGGUUUUAACGGCUCUGGUACGCAAAUCUUGCUUGAAGCGUUGCAAACGCCUGAAAUUCUGGAGGAGACAGCCAGUGACAUUGCCAGCCGUAUUUUCACUGAAAUUUUGAUGCAUGUGUUGACCCAAGACUUGUCAGUUGAAAGUGUAACUGGGUUUUUGAAGCUAGCCAUCAGUGAUGAGCUCAAAGCGAUUAUUUUCUGUCAAGUAUUCGAUGUGUUCCCCCAGGAUGAUACCUUGAUAGACUUGGUAACCCGUUUGCACAAAGACGAGUCUAUAAUUAACGCUUCUACCUUAGCACAGUACGUUGACUCAGAGACCUUGCCUAGGCUAGAUGUUGUUGCCGCCCGGAGUCUUACACGCCAAAUGAACACCAGAAAAAGAGACGAGUUUUUCACGCAAAACAAAUUUAAUUUGCUUCAUGAGGAAUAUGAGGGUUAUUCGAUCCUCGUUAAUGAGUUCCAAACAAUGUUCUCCAACGAAGAUAAUGAGUCCUUGGUCGAUCAUGCUGUAAAUGUCGUGUACUUGCUAAUUGGACACUACUUGCUAGAUCCAAACCGGGUGCUAGACAUACUCAUCGACAUAUGCGCAAACAACCUUGUUGGAAAUCAUCUGUUCAUCCUUAGCUUCUUUAAAAAGUCGCCAUGGUGGCCCCAAAUAGAAGGAAACUGCAAGGAUGGCUUGCAAUCCUUGAAUAUUGGUGGAAACCCAGCGGUAAUGAGCCUGAUAGCUUUGAGAUUAUCAGAGCAAUCUCAAGAAAGCAGAGCAUCAGAGACUCUAAAGAUCAUGAUUUGUCUUUUUAUUAAGGAAGGAUUCAUCAGUUUUGGACAAGUUUAUCCGUAUUUCUCGCCAUCCGAUGAUGAAAUGUCCAAGCUCGAGACAGUCUAUAAAAAGGAGCUCGAAGAAAAAGUCCUACAAGCCGGUGCUAGUGCCUUGGCUCUUGCUGCUCCGUUAGCAGACGAAGAGGAUGAAGCCCUUGAGGAUAAACCUUCUAAUUCUGGAACCUUGCCAUCUAAAGACACCGUCGAAUCAUUGAUAAGUUUCAACAUGAAAUUUCAAAUGUUAAAGUGCUUUCUCGGGAAUGGACUCUAUUGGCCAGCUAUUUACAUUCUCUCACAUCAUCCUUUUUUGGUGAACAUAGACUCAGAGAUCUCUGGUUUAAUGCAUCGAAUGUUAACGGCAAUCAUUGAUCCAUUCCACCUGACUUUACGGCCUUUCACUCCUGCCCAGCUACUGGCAUUUCAAAAGGAAAAACUUUUACCAGCCUUGCGACCACUAAACAAGGUAAGGUUUAGCGAGCCUUCCAUGUCACAAGUCUACUGUGUGAAUCCUGUUGCCAAAGAAGGAAACAAACGGAUGAUAUACUUCAUCACAAAUUGGUUUACUGGCAUACCAGUACUUAAAUCUGCUGAUGAUUUGAUUCCGAUCACACAUGACUUCCUAAAAUUUUUUGGACCAACUCUCGUUGAUAACUUAUCGAAUUUCAUCAAGCUUUGUGAGAUCAUCGUGGCAGACUUAGGUACAAGUUCAUGCGAAGAUAAAAAAAACGUGUGGUUUAAUUACUUUAGGAAUUACAUUUUACCAAAUGUUGGUUUCAUAGCUGAAAAUUCAGCACCCGUCGACAAAGCAUAUGAUAUCUUAUCAUUUUUUCUGGUGGAUGAACGUUUUAAUCUUUACGGAGAAUUGUACCAAGUUGUGGCCAAAAAUAACCCACACGUUAAAAUGGCGUAUGCAAAAGCGGAAAAAUCAACAAAAGAUAUUCUAAAACGGUUGUCCAAAGAAAACAUUGAGCCAAUGAAAAGAAGAUUAGCUAAGAUAAGCCAUUCCAACCCGUUAGUUUGUUUCUUGACAAUUCUUCAACAAUUAGAAAGUUAUGAUAACCUAAACACCUUGGUCGUCGAAACCGCUGUAUACUUCAACGACUACGGUUGGGAUAACAUGACUCUUGCCAUUAUGAUGAGACUCACAUCAGCCGGAAGAUCUAACAAACAAGCCAACGGUCUAAACGAGCGACAAUGGAUUCAGUCUCUCUCUUCAUUCAUUGGAAAGCUUUGCCAGAAAUAUCCUGAAUCUUGUGAUUUGAACUCGCUUCUCAGAUAUCUAUUGCUGUCGUUUCAUUCGAGUGGGAAUGUAGAUUUGAUAGUGCUCAAAGAGAUGUUGAGUUCCAUGGGGGGUAUUCAAUCAAUCACAAAUCUCACCCCCCUCCAAAUUGAUAUGCUUAAUUGUGAGCCAAGUAUGCAAAAAAUUGUUUACACGACAAUUGGAGAUAAGCGCUAUGAUUUUGUUCGUUCGGGAUCAAGAUUACGUGAGGCAUUAACAAAAAAUGGGAGUAUCAAUGAGUUCUUUGUCUUACUUUGCAAGAUCAGCAGAGAAUUGGUAGAUUCGUCCGAAGUUUCUCAUCUCAAAGUAUUGGCGAGUUCUAAAGAUGAAUUGGAUUCAGUAUUGCAUCUCAUCUGCACGCUCGUCGGAUUUUUUGGUGACGAUAGCUCCAAGUUGCUUUCAAUCGAUACAUUGAUCAAAGAAUAUAACGUGCCAGUUGUAUGGGCUUUUGAACUUUGGAGAAAUAUGCUUCUGGGUAUUCAUAUUGAUGACCUUCAAGAUCAGGUUGAGAAAGCGUUGCCUGAAGGAUGCCUUGACCAGAUCAAUCCAGACAUGUUUGUCUUGUUUUGGAAAUUGAGCCUAUAUGACUUGAACUACUCUUCAGAUACAUAUGAUCAAGAGUUGAGAAAGCUUAAAUCCAGAAUCAACAGUUUGAAAGAAGAAUAUGCCUUUGCUCGCAGGGACAAGAACGCAACUCGCGAAAUUCUUGAAUCUCUCAAAAUAUCAAUCUCGGAGACGGAAGCGCUAUCCUUGGCUAUGCCAUCUGAAAAAACUCAUCACAAGGAUCAUUCUGGAAUGAUUGAUGAAUAUUUGAGAACAAGAUUAAGCGGAAAACUUAUUGUUAACGGUAUCAAAGAGGCAAAAAGCUUCUUGCAAUUGUGUGUGUUACCUAGGGCUGUUCACUCUUCUUUUGAUGCAAUUUAUUGUGCUGAGUUUAUAUUCAAGCUCCAUAAGACAGGUGUCACUGGCUAUUCUUUGAUGACCACAUUCGAUGUCAUGUUCAGAAACCGCAUAUUCUUUGCAACUUUGUUUACAUGUACGCCCAUAGAAGCUGAAAAUUUGGGUAUUUUUGUUUCGGCUAUCUUGAAGGAAUUGAACACUUGGACUAAGGAAGAAGAAUUCCUCAAAAACACACAAGAAAAAAGCUUGUGUAAAGACGCUGACUCCAUAGUGAUGAGUUUUUCCGAAUUUCGCAGGAGCAUAUUUGAUUAUCACUCCCUUCUUUUGGAUGAUGUCUCGAGGGCCUUACAAGUAACGACUUACAUGUCAAGAAUGAACGCCAUAACCUACUUGAAAAACCUUCUAGGCGUUUAUCCAAUCGUCGAAGAUCAUUGCGAGUCAGUCAUUGAACUUAUCGAUCAAAUAACCCGAAAGGAAAAAAGAGAUGAUUUGAAGCUCUCUUCAAGUGCUUUGAUAGGACAUGUUAAGUCGCGCAAAAGUUCGUGGCUUCAUCUCUGGGAUUUUAUAGACUUGGAGGAGAAUGAGAAGGCUUUGCAGAUUAAAAAGCGGAGAGACAUAGAAUUGCAUGAGAAGCAAAUGCUUAAAGAAGAGGAAGACAAAAAAAUGGAGCUUCAAAAAUUGAAGGAAAUUCAGUUGCAAAAAGAAGAGCGAGAGAGAAGAAACAAGAAAGCCAAAACGCAAGACGAACCUCCUGCACCAUCUAUCUCCUAUGAUGAUCAUGCCAAACCAGCCUCAAGAUUGCCUUCUCGUAAUACUGAGGUUGUCAAAGGCAGGUAUGACAAUUACUCAAAAGCGCCCACUUUGCCCGCUACAUCUCUGAAUUCUCUGGAAAAGAACACAGAAAAGAUGUCGACCUCAAGCAGUUCUACACCUCAAACAAGUGAGUCUAAGGAUCAUAAAAACAUAAACCCAACCGGACCUUCCAUUUCUAAGAUGAGAUAUAGCACACGUGAUGACUCACUGAAUUCUAGAGAUGCAAGCUCCCGGGGUGAGCUGUCUAGUGAUUUGUUCAAACGGAGACAAGAGCAAUCAGAUGUCAAGGCAAACAAGCCUUCUCCCGGAAAUCCUCAGCUCAAAUCUCGGCUUGAAGUAGCGAGAAGAGAAUACAGCUCAAGAAACGACUUUGCAAAGCGGGAUGUCCAACAUGCAAGAAGCAACUAUAGCCAAGGAAGCUCAACAUAUACACUGAGAUCCUCCACGCCAGUCGUUACAGGACACGGCAAACAAGCCUUCUCCCGGAAAUCCUCAGCUCAAGUCUCGGCUUGAAGUAGCGAGAAGAGAAUACAGCUCAAGAAACGACUUUGCAAAGCGGGAUGUCCAACAUGCAAGAAGCAACUAUAGCCAAGGAAGCUCAACAUAUACACUGAGAUCCUCCACGCCAGUCGUUACAGGACACGGUCAAACAACACCUUCGUCUUCUUCUUCAAGACAGUCAG